AGCUAGGAUUAAAACCAAGAAUUGCCUACCCAGCAAAAUUGAGAAUAAUCCAUGAGGGGAAAAAAUUGACAUCCAAUGAGAUGGAGGAAUUUCGUGCAUUCUUGAGAAAAGACCAGAGCUAAAUAGAAAAUUUGUCUUUCAAAUACAAGACUCAGGAGAAGCAUGAAAAAGGUGAUAAAGCUAUUAAAGUCAAAAUACCAGUACAAAGAAGGAGAAGCUCAUGUCAUCAGUGAAAAAGUCCAAGUUAAAUUCAGCCAAGAGUGCUACAGAGAGUCCAAAAUGUCCAUUACAGAUCUAAGGAUUUCACAUUGGGAAGAAGCUUUUCAAGAAACAAGAGCUGAGACAGCCAGUCAGGAACUAGCUAAAGAAUGUUAUUUCCUAUGGAAAUCUACACGUCUCCAGCAUAUGACUUUAUCAGAAGACGUAAAAAACAUGCUGACUGAACUUCGAAAGGAGGUCCCCCUCCUUCUUUUGACUAAUGGUGACACACAGACACAAAGAGAGAAGAUUGAAGCUUGUGCCUGUCAACCAUAUUUUGAUGCUAUUGUUGUAGGUGGAGAACAAGAGGAGGAGAAACCAGCACCAUCGAUAUUUUAUUACUGCUGUGAUCUCCUUGGGGUACAGCCAGGAGACUGCGUGAUGGUUGGGGAUACUCUAGAAACAGAUAUCCAAGGAGGGCUUAAUGCUGGCUUGAAAGCCACAGUCUGGAUAAACAAAAACAGAAUUGUGCCACAGAAGCAGUCCCCCGUACCUCACUAUGUUGUUUCUUCUGUACUAGAGUUACGUGCCAUCCUACAGAAUAUAGACUACAUACCCAGUGUGUCAGCUUAACAAGUAUCAAAAGAGACAGUAAGAAUUUCUGGAUCAGACCUUAAGGUUCUGCUGGGAAUGAAUGAGAGGUACAUAUCUUCUAGUCUUCUAGGUUCCAAAUCAAGAACAUAUGUAAUUCUAAUAAUUUAUAAAAAGUCACAUAUCACUUUUUCUUUGAGAAAAAUAAAAGUUUUUUUUUUCUUA